ACCGUUCCAAAUUUUCCCUCCGUGUUCGUAUUCCACGCGGCGACGUCGCCAUCGCGGCCUCCUCUCUGCUCCCCUUCUCAUUCUCCGCACCUGCACGCUGCCGCCGCCGUCCCGUACGCAUCCCCAAACCCUAAUUCAUCCCCCUGACACAUAUACGGGCGCGCGAGGAGACUCACUCUGACUCCGCAGAUCGCCGGCGAUGGGAUCCAAGGACCAGGACGGAGGGGCCGCCUCUUCGGGUAGCGGCGGGUUCUUCUCGUCGAUCGCCGCCGGCGUGCGCAGCUGGGGCACCGCCGUGCACAAAUCCGUCAACGGGUUGGUCGGGUAUGAAGGCCUUGAAGUUAUUAAUCCCGAUGGAGGCACGGAAGAUGCCGAAGCAGAGGCUUUCAGGGGGCGCUGGAGGCAGGAGAUGUGCAAUUUCAUCCUGGACUAAUGAUCGUGAUAGUUAUUGGAAGAUGAUGCACAAGUACAUAGGAUCAGAUGUUACGUCACUUGUGACACUUCCAGUCAUCAUUUUUGAGCCAAUGACAAUGCUUCAGAAAAUGGCUGAGUUGAUGGAAUACUGUGAGUUGUUAGACAAAGCAGAUGAGUGCGAGGAUCCAUACAUGCGUUUGGUAUAUGCUUCUACAUGGGCUGUUUCGGUCUAUUUUGCAUACCAGCGUCCGUGGAAGCCGUUCAAUUCAAUCCUUGGAGAGACUUAUGAGAUGGUUAACCACCAGGGUAUUACGUUUCUUGCUGAGCAGGUAAGCCAUCAUCCUCCAAUGGGUGCUGCUCAUUGUGAGAAUGAGCAUUUUACUUAUGACAUUUCGUCUAAGUUGAAGACCAAGUUCUUGGGAAAUUCAGUGGAAAUUUACCCAAUUGGAAGGACUAGAGUGACACUUAAAAAAUCUGGUGUCAUGUUGGAGUUGGUGCCACCACCAACAAAGGGUAACAACCUGAUAUUUGGCCGCACUUGGGUUGACACACUUGGAGAGAUGGUCAUGACAAACCUGACAACUGGAGACAAAGUUGUGCUAUAUUUCCAGCCCUGUGGCUGGUUCGGGGCUGGCCGAUACGAGGUGGAUGGGUAUGUGUACAGUGCAGCGGAAGAACCUAAAAUAAUGAUGACAGGGAAAUGGAAUCAGUCUAUGAGUUGCCAACCAUGUGAUCAAGAAGGCGAUCCUCUUCCAGGCACUGAGCUAAAGGAGAUUUGGAGAGUCGCUCCUACCCCACAGAACGACAAGUACCAGUAUACAUACUUUGCACACAAAAUAAAUAGCUUUGAUACAGCACCGAAGAAGUUAUUGGCAUCUGAUUCCCGGUUGAGGCCUGAUAGAUACGCCCUAGAGAAGGGUGACAUGUCUAAAUCUGGCUCAGAAAAGAGCAGGCUUGAGGAACAACAGAGAGCUGAGAAAAGAACUCGAGAGGCCAAGGGCGAGCAAUUUACUCCAAGAUGGUUUAACAUGACGAAUGAAAUUGCUCCUACCCCUUGGGGUGACUUGGAUGUUUAUGAAUACAAUGGCAAGUACGCCGAGCACCGGGCUGGCAUAGACAGCUCUAGUGUCGCCGGUGAGACAGACGUCACUUCCAUCGAGUUCAACCCGUGGCAGUACAGCAGUUCAUCUUCCCAAUGAUUUUCCAUGGUCUGAAGCUGCCAUCUUUAUUUAUUAUUGUGUAAAAUGCGUCCAGGCCUUACUUUGCACUGAUUAUGCCAUUAGCAGUUUCAUGCCUUUGUAGUAUAAUUGCCUUCCCCUUUCCUCUUCAUUCUACAAUUAUUCAGGAAGCGAUGUAUCUGAUGUAGUCCAUGUACUGUCGUUAAUCUAGCAGAAAUUUGCAGA